AUGAAUAACAAUCGAGUGCACAGUGAAGGUACCGCUGGAAGUCAUGAAUCACAAAAAUGGUGGCAUCGUCGUUGGGUUGUGAUUAUCUGCAUCUCAUCUGUUAUUUUAAUAAUUUUUGCUAUUAUUCUCUCUCUAAUAGUAAAAUUUGUCGUUCUUGCACCGAAAGAAUCAGAAAUUACUAUUGUGACACUGCCUUCACUAGCGACGAUAAUAUCAACAGAAGCAACAACAACCGAGAUCGCUACUCAACUUUCAAAUUGGUCCAAUACUGAUAGCAUGAAUUAUGCACGAAGAGGCCACCAGGCAUGUGUAUUAAUGAAUGGAAAGGUGUUAGUAAGUGGUGGAAUUGGUAAUGAUGAUCAUCUUAGUAGUGCUGAGUUAUAUGAUCUAUCAACAGGAAUUUGGACAAUCACGGGUAGCAUGAAUGAUGCGCGGUUUACCCAUACAUCCAUAUUGAUAAAUGGCAAGGUUUUAGUUACUGGUGGAGCUGGUGAUAAAGGUCCUCUUCAUACCGCUGAGUUGUAUGAACCAUUAACAGAAACGUGGAAACCUACUGGUCGUAUGAAUAAUGCACGACGUUCACACACAAUAUCUUUAUUAAAAAAUGGAGAAGUGUUAGUUGCUGGUGGCGCUAUUAAUAAUGGUAUAGCUCUAAACAGUGUUGAGGUAUUUGAUUCGUCAACAGAACUUUGGUCAAAACUUACUAAUAUGAACAAUGCACGAUAUGGGCAUACAGCAUCGGUUUUAUUGAACAAAAAAAUAUUAGUUACUGGUGGAUGUAGUAAUCAUGAUACGUAUCUAAACAGCGUUGAAAUGUACGAUCCAUCAACAGACACUUGGACAACGAUUUCUAGUAUGAAUAGUAGACGAUACGGGCAUACAGCAUCCCUGCUAAAAGAUGGAAAAGUGUUAAUUACUGGUGGAACUAGUGAUGUUGGAGUACAUCUAAAUAGUGUUGAAUUGUAUGAUCCAUCAACAGGAAUUUGGAUAAUUGUUAAUAGUAUGAACUAUGAACGAGCUCAUCAUACAGCAUCCGUAUUAAAAGAUGGAAAUGUGUUAGUUACUGGUGGUUUUGCAGACGGUUCUGUAGAUACUUCUGAAUUGUAUGAUUCAUCAACAGGAACUUGGACGCACAUUGUUAGUAUGAAUUAUGCACGAGCUCAACACACAGCAUCCGUAUUAACAAAUGGAAAUGUGUUAAUUACUGGUGGAAUUCAUUAUAGUCAAGCUUUGAACAUCGUCGAACUAUAUUAA